AUGCUCGGUGUACAGUGUCCGGUGUACUAUGCUCGGUGCACUAUGCUCGGUGUACAGUGUACUAUGUUCGGUGUACAGUGCACUAUGCUCGGUGUACAGUGUCCGGUGUAUUAUGCUCGGUGCACUAUGUUCGGUGUACAGUGCACUAUGCUCGGUGUAUUAUGCUCGGUGCACUAUGCUUGGUGUACAGUGCACUAUGCUCGGUGUACAGUGUCCGGUGUACUAUGCUCGGUGCACUAUGCUCGGUGUACAGUGUACUAUGUUCGGUGUACAGUGCACUAUGCUCGGUGUACAGUGUCCGGUGUAUUAUGCUCGGUGCACUAUACUUGGUGUAUGGUGCACUAUGCUCGGUGUACAGUGCACUAUGCUCGGUGCACUAUGCUUGGUGUACAGUGUACUAUGUUCGGUGUACAGUGCACUAUGCUCAUUCAACAGUGA